GAGACACACAGACACCCACACACAGAGAGACAGAGACCGAGAGAGAGAGAGAGAGAGACACGCACGCACAGAGGCGGUUUCGUAACAUAGGAAAGUUUUGUGGAGCCGCCGAUGUCAGUGACACUGCGGAGCGCUGAGCGUCACCUGCGUCACUUUUUCAGCGGAGUUGUCUAAUUGAGUUUCUGGCUAAGAGGGAACCUUCGCCGUUGACCGAGGCAGCUGUGAAACCACCGUCUCUCCUCCAGGAAUAGACUGUAUACUCCAUCUGAGAAGAGCCUGGCCUUUGCAGCCAUGCUGAUGUAUGAUUACCCUCUGAAGACAGACAUGGAGACGUCAUUCUACUCUUCAUUAAUGAAAACCCCAGAGCCUUACGGAAUGAUCUUCCCCCAUCCCGCCCCGCUCUACCACCCGCACAUGCAUGCCUUUACCCAGUCCCACACCCCCAGCAACUCCACGCACACCCAGCUGGAGCCAGUGGACCUUUCACUCAGCAAGCGCUCCUCCUCCACCUCCUCUUCCUCAUCCCCUCCUUGCUCCUCCCCGGCCUCCUCACGCAGCUCUCCGCCUUCUCCUUGUGGCUCAGUGUGCCGUGCCUCCCCCCGGUCCUCCCCUCUGCGCUCCUCACCCUCCCACAUUCUCCCGCCGCCCACUUCCUCACUUCCUUACCCCACUAUGGUGGGUCCUCUGAUCAGCUCGAGUUCUGGAGUAAUCCAAGGGUCAGGGGUCAUGGUGUCUCCAGUCAUGGUGCCUCUGUCUGUCCUAUACCCCUCAUCUCUACAUCUACACCAGCCGAUAAUGGUGAGCCCGCCUGUCAUCAGUGAUGAAGACCAUCAUCGAAGCAGGGAGCACAAGACGGUUCACUGUGCAAAGCCCCUGGAGCUGCGAGGUGACAUCCACAACUUGCACAAGCCGAUUAAAACGGAGCCCCGUCCUGAGCUCAUUCACGCCCCCCACAUCAGCCAUGAGUUUAAAUCAUCAGUAAUCCGGAUACCACAUGAAUAUGAGGGAAACAACCCAUCUGUAAUAGUCCAUUCAGGCUCAAAGCAUCCUCUCCCUGCUGACUCACCUGACUCGCUGAAAAAACGCCGAAUUCAUCGCUGUGACUUCAGCGGCUGCAACAAAGUGUACACCAAGAGCUCCCACCUCAAGGCGCACCGCAGGACACACACCGGUGAGAAACCUUACAAGUGCAUGUGGGAAGGCUGCACGUGGAAGUUCGCCCGUUCAGAUGAGCUGACAAGACACUUCCGCAAGCACACAGGAGUCAAGCCGUUCCAGUGUCCUGACUGUGAACGCAGCUUCUCCCGCUCUGACCACCUGGCUUUGCACAAGAAACGCCACCUCCUGGUCUGAAACAGUGCUGUGAGCAGCUUUAGAGUAACUUGGUGCUGGUUUCAACGUCGGACUAUACCACUUUGAGGUUUUUUUAAGAGCUGGCCUUAAACAUUGGACUCCAUCAGCGAGUGGGGAAAUGUUCCUCAGGGUUAGGGUUAGACCCUUUCACCUCAUGAGCCUGAAUAUGAGCUGGUAUCAGCAUGUGACUCAACCACCACCCAACAUCAUCUCUGCAGGUCAGCUCAGUUUGACAAUAGGAUAGAAAUUUGCAUUUUGUACGAGACCUGUGUGGAAGAUCCGGACACUUUCUAACGAGAGGCUCCAUCCUCUCAGCUGGCCUGAGAGCAUCAGCCUCUUGUGGCCACAGAAUCAAACUGCAUUGACACCCACUCUGUUUAAGCUGCACAACAUGCUCAAGCUUCUUUUUGCAAUAUCAGCUCUCUUUUCUUUGCAUGUAUGUGAAUUUUAACACACACACAUACACACCUGCAUAUAGUCAUAUCUUACUAUUGUUGUGAGGACACUUAUUGACAUAACCCAUUCCCUAGCCCCUUGCCUUAAUCUUAAUAAUCACAACUAAAUGUCUAAUCCCAACCCUAACCCUAAAUUAAACCUAAUUCAAACCACUGACUGUAUAUAUAUAAUGAACAUAGCAUCACCCCUUCCCUCUAUUAUAUAAAAAUGAAGCCAAAAUACCAUGAAUACAGAGGCUGCCAUCUUGCUUUUGUGCAACCAAAUUCUGCGCAAUCAAUCAAAGCUGUCAAAUAAUCAAAAAUAUACUUUUUUCAUAUCAUCAAAUAACUUAAUAAAAACAAACUGUACUAUAACAUUGACCACUUGUAUACACACCAAGCAAGCAAAAUAGAAACAAACAGCAGUAGAAAACACAGUAACAUGUACCAAAUGGAAUAAAUCUAAAUGGGCAGCAGUUUUAACACACAGUAAAACAGGUACCCUACUCAGUGCCAGAGAGGAACGCCUUCCUAUAUGAGUUUUAAGGAGAAAGCGAAAUGCUACUAAACCUGAGGCUGACAGAAUAUCAAGGCUGUUCCAUAGGUUAGGAGACAUCGCUGCAAAAUCUCGAUCACCAGCAGAUUUAAGUCCAGUCCUAGGCACAACCAAAUGAAGUAGGUCAAUGGAUCUAAGAGAUCAGAAGUGUUCAGAAAUAUGUGAAGGAGCCAGACAAUGCAUUGUGACAUCAGUGUGAUAAUAUCAACCAAAAACCACAGAAGUGACCUCUGGUUAAAAAA